AAUGCCUUCCAGUAAAGAGUGGGCUGUGUUUCCUCUCUUUAACUAAAACAGUACACUACACAUUCUCAUAAGGGAAGUCUGUUGUCACAUCGCUCACAUGUACCAUCGAAAAUAUUAAAGAUAACAAUGUUAAAGGUUGACUGAGGCAUUUCUUUAUAAAACAUGAUUUUUAAAGAGCGUAUACCACGAGUGGCUUGCUUCACUUUCAUUUUUAUAUUUGGGCUUAUUUUCACGUGGUCAUUUACCUUGGCGGAUGAUACGGGUAACUGUACAGCGAAUUUAGGUGAAGAUGAUGACUGUUGUAAUGGCAUGGAGGAGAACUUGCCCUGCGUAGAUGUUUUUAUUCGGAACUCUGCUGGAGUUAUGGAGCUUUGCCAUCAACUAUCAUUCUAUGACAAAGAGUGCAAUAAACAACCCCCUCCAUCUACUCUACAUGGUUUCAAUGCUGAAAAAAUGACCUGUAUUCUGGACAUAAAGAAUAAUCUCAGCUGUAAUUGGAAUAUAUCCGGUCUCCCUAAAAAUGCAGCAUACUCAGCAUAUGAAACCCAAGAUAACUUAAACCAGCAUUUAUAUUGUUCUCACAUCGUGGAAAAAGAAACUCUUGAAUGCCAUGGCCCUAUUGAUGUAACACAUCCACAAACAGUCAUCAUUAAAGUCAAUAUUUCCCUCCCAACUCUCUGGUAUAUUACUACAACAGGAUUUUUAUCAAGAAGAAUAGUAAAACUUCCUCCCCCACUCAACAUAUCAUCUGCCAUUUCAAACCAUCGAAAGAACUUAGAAAUAAACUGGACUCAUGGAAAGGAGUUAUCUACGAAUGAAGAAUGUUAUAAGCAUGAGUUACAGAUCAAUGAUGAGGUAGUUCCUUUGCCAGAUGGAGUGUCAUCAUUUAUUAAGCAAGAUGUAGACUUGACAAGAAAGUACAGCAUUAAAGUUAGAGUGCAGCUGACUGAGGGCUGCAGUGGUGGUGUCUACUGGAGCGACUGGAGCACUGUUCAUGAGGUUGGACCGUUUGAGAACAAGUACAGUGUGAAUCCAUGGGUAAUAACAGUUAUAGUGUUGAUCCUUCCAAUGUUCCUUUUGGCCAUCCUGUUGCUGUGCAAGUUUCAAAGGCUCCCAAAGAAGCUUUUUCCUCCCAUUCCCGGUCCAUCUGUAAAUGUGAAAAACCUUCUUGAGAAAGAACAUGACUUCCAGGAUUUUUCGGGCAAACACGUGGAACAUGAAACUGAAGUCGUGUAUGCAGAUGAAGAAAGGGACUGUUAGAUUCCAGUCUAUAUGUCAAAAUAUCAAACAAUCCCAGGAGACAGAUUACUGCACAUAAGAGGAUGAACUUAUUCUUUUGGUGUGUAAAAAACAUGAUUGUCAUGAAUGCACACAUUUAGAAAGAAAAUAAUUAAGUUCAAUAUGAAUCUUUUGCGGUUUUGUAAAUAUUUGUGGAAAAAUGGCUUUUUGUUCAUUUAUCUUUCAACAGCUGCUUUAAUUCUCUCAAUGUAUGAACUAAGCUUACAAUGUAUUGAGCAUAAAUGUUUUAAUAUAUUUUGUAUUUGGCUUUUAAGCUAAGAUUAUAACAUAAUUGUGACCCUGGACCACAAAACCAGUCAUAAGUGGCAUUUUUUUAUGGAUAUUUAUACAUAAAUAAGCUGUCAGUUAAAGGGAUGAAUAUGGAUAUUUUUCUUCCUCUCAUCGAUUACCUUCAGAGGGCCUUUUUUAACCCCUUGGAGCCGUGUGGAUUACGUCUGUAAAUUAUACACUUUUUGGCCUUCAAAGUCAGAAGUUGCUCCCUGUUAAUAAUAGAGCUCAAUCGAUAUAUCUGUUAUCCUGGUAUUUUCCCUUAUAUUUAAAGAUUUCCCAUUAUCGGAUAUCGGUUUUGCAAUAUCGGAUUGAUCGAUAAACACCGCCACCUUGUGGCUGUUUUGAGAACUGUGCGCUGGACGCCAUUUCGUUACAGGCAAAUAUGACAGCGAAGUGACGCGACUUCAUUAAAAGGAAUUUGAAUAUACUCACUUAUGCUUAUUGGUAGCCUUGUAAAAUCACGUUCACAUUGCUGUUCACUUACCGGGUUGAAGGCUGAAGCGCAGCCACCACAUGUAGCUAACUUUUAACGAGAUUUAUCCUAAGUUAUAUUAAAAUUUACAAACAUUAUUUUGCUAAAAACAUCUAAAUAAAUGUCUGUGGAUAUUAAUGAAUUAUUUAUUACCUCCACGAGCUAUCGCAGUUUGAUACAGUUAAUGCGUGAGUAAAAGCAUAGAUGAACAGCGCUUUGUCAACAGCCAUUGCAUAAGCUAUAACAACAAAAUAUGAAUUAUUCGGACAUAAAAUACCAGUUAAGAACUUCAAUGAUAUAUAAGCUGUUUUGUUUGUUAAUUUCCUGAAACGCGCAAGUUGAAAAAUCUGAACUUCGGUGGAUUUCCGUGUCGCGUUAAUCACUCAGGACCUUGCUGUAGUAGUGACGUGAUUACAGGAAGCGAGCAGAGUGGCGGAGUCUCAGCGAAGUUGCAGAAGCCCCUCCCAUGACGUGAAUUUCCGCGUGAAUGUCUCGAAUGACUAGAAUUUCAUGUGCGAAUAAAGCGAGUGAACUCAAAUGUUCAAGCGUCCAACUACGCGCGAAUAUAAUGGUGCAUUCCCACCAGUCACGGUAGAGGGGGCAAAAACGCGCUAUUCGCGCGAACCGCGCCAUUCGCCUUGCACUUACAGCGCCGCUGGAUGCUUAAUCGCGUCUUUGCAUUGACUUAACAUGAAUAUCACUCGCGCUUACCACGUCUACCGUGUCUGGUGUAAACCCUGUAUAAGGGUUUGUUCAGUUCAGUUCAGUGUUUGUAGUAAUUGUGUCAAAAAUAGUAGUAUAACAGUAAAAAAAAUCGGUUUAGCAUAUCGGUUAUUAGGCACAUAAGGAUUAAAAAAAAAACAGUAUCGGUUGAGCACUAGUUAAUACCAUAACAAUAUAAAGCUUGGAACAUUUUCUCUGUGUCUGUCCACUUUCUCUAAGAUCUGUCUGAGUCUGUCUGAAAAAAGAUAAUAAUGUACGUUGAGAAUGGCUUGAGAGUGGAUAAAUCGUGGGGUGAUUUUCAUUUUUCGCCAGAGUAUCCCUUUAAAGGGGUCAUAUUAUGAGAUUUUAUUAAAGAUGUAAAAUAAGUCUUUGGUGUCCCAAGAGUGCAAAUGUGAAGUUUUAGGAUAAAAUACCCCACAAAAAAUGUAUUAUAGCACGUUUUGGGGUGUGUCUUAUAAAAAUGCAAACGAGCUGAUGAAAUGCAAACACUGAUCGUCAUGAUGGUGGUUUUGUUGAAAUUGAAACCUCAAUAUUUUUUCUCUCUGCACUAAAUGGCAGUGCCGUGGUUGGAAAGUGCAGAUUAAGGGAUGGUAUCAUUGUAAUAAAAUUUGCUACCUACGUUACAAAGCAGGCGAAAUCCGAAUGACCUAAUUUUUCACUUGCUUGCAGAGAAUGGUUUACCAAAUUAUAGCACUUAAAGAAAAUAUAUUUCAUGCUAUGACCCCUUAAAAUGAGCUGAAGUCGUUAACAACACAUAAUUUUUUAUAUAUAUUUACGGUACGAAAUUAACAAAAUAUCUUCAUGGAACAUGAUCUUUAUUUAAUAUCAUAAUGAUUUUUGGCAUAAAAAAAUAUCUGUGCGAUUUAUGACUGGUUUUGUCACAGGGUCACUAUUCAUUCUUUAAGAUUAGCAGAUGCUUUUAUCCAAACUGAUUGUGCAAUUUCAAGUUAUACAUUAUAUCAGUAUGUGUCUUCCAUGGGAAUCAAACCCACAGCUGUUGCACUGCUACAAAUAUUUCUAAAUCAUUUUGGGAAAAAAUUACUGGUUUAAGUCCAGUUGUUGGACUUUGAACAUUUUAUUUUACGAAUAGGAAACUACACAAAAGGCAAUUCCCGCACACUAUCUGCUUGCUGAAAAUGUUUUUAAUAAUAGUUGCGUUGCAACGUUUCGAUCUUACGAUCUUCCUCAGGCAACUGGCAACGCAACUAUUAUUAAAAAAAUUUCAGCAAGCAGAUAGUGUGCGGGAAUUGCAUUUUGUGUAUGUUAUGAGACUUUUUGUCUUCUUAUCCUACGCACCUAUCUACUUCAGGUGUGCGACGCUAAUUUGUUCACGAAUAGGAAACUAAAAAUUUUUUUGACACGUAGUACGCUUUCAUGUCAUUACUUGUGACUUUUCUGUAACUCUGUAAAUAAUCAAAAUACUGUCUGGUUCAGAAGUUUCACCUCCAGAGAGGUUUUGUAACAGAGACGUUUAAAACUUAAACCUUUUUUAAAACAGGCGAAAGGAACUUUCAGCUGCUGCUAUCUUGUAAAAAUAUAUUCAUAUUUAUAUAUAAUCUACCCAUGAAUGACCAGCUUCAGUUUUAAUUCAAUCUGGCCAGCCUCAAACUGCAUCAUGGGCUUAACCAAAGGUCUGACUUUGGGGCAUAAACUUACUUGUAGUAGUAUUACGUAAUGCUAAUAGCCACAAAUGACAUGCUUCACCUUUUAAAAAGUGUUUGGGACUUUCCAAAGCCAUGAUCUCAUUUUUUUUGCAGUUCUGUCCUCUGUGGUUUGCGUAAAUAGCACUAUUUUUGCCCUUUUAAGGAAGGUACCGAUGUAAAGUAAAUGCAGGAAGGUAAAAAAGUUUUCACUGGGGCGGUACAAUUUCAAAAAGUACACUUUUGUACCUAAAAGGUGAAUAUCGGUACCUUCGGUGUACAUACUGGUUCCUAAAAACUACGUAUGGAAAUGGUAGGAACUUUCAAACGUUUUGUAAUUUUUUGUGAGCGUGUAAAAGGGUCCAUUAAAAUGUUUCAGAAAAAUGGUGGAGUGCCCCAUGUGUGUUAUUUUGAUAUGAUAAUUCAUUACUUUAAAUAUAAUUUUGAAUAAAAGUGGUUUUAAGUGUU